GGCCACCACCAAUAAGUUAUUAUCGUUACCCCGGGGUUUUAACUGACAGAAUUCAAUUUUGGAGGCUGAAGUUAACAACAGAACAGUCAGACCACACAUCAGUUGAACCCACCAAGACCCAGCCUGCCUGCCUGGACCUGUGAAGCAGCGGAAUACCCCGGGCACCGUGAUAGGCUGGCCUUGUUGAAUUACGCAAUAGAGAAACAACUCCCACCACCACCAUUCUACCUCAGACGACAAUCCCACUGGUGACAUCCCACAGCACUUCAAGCCAUGGAUCAAUCACAGACGAAAGCCCUCGCGGCACUCCAGCCGUUCGUUCACCUUGCCACGACUACCAAGAGCCCAUCUCCUCGCUUCGUCGCCGAACUCAUCAAGAGUGCCAUAUCUGCACCAGGCACAUAUAUCUUCACCGAACUCCUUCAGAUCGAAGCCUGCCAGAGCCUGCGUGGAACAGACUCACAGCCAUGGCUCACGCUCCUAGAGAUCUUCAGCUGGGGCACCUACGAAGAAUACAAAGCAACUUCCAAUCUUCCACCACUCGACGAGCCUCAGACCUUCAAACUGCGCCAACUCAGUCUCUUGACACUUGCCUCACCCUUCGCCCCGACCAGCGACACCAAAACAAGCACCCUAACCUACCCAACCCUCCUUCAAUCCCUCUCGCUUUCCAACGCAGCCAGCCUCGAAUCCCUCGUCACCCAAUCCAUCUACACCGGCCUCCUGACCGCUCGCCUCUCACCGACAUCCAACCCGCCCGUGGUGAACGUCACCUCAGUUGCACCACUGCGCGACCUACGCCCACAAUCCCUCCCAGCACUACUUCAGAUCCUACAGACAUGGGAGUCGAGAUGCACAUCCAUGAUCAGCGAGCUGGAAGGCCAGAUCACCGCGAUCCGCAGUACAGCCGCUGAGCGCAGCGUCACCGAACGAAAGCACCAGGAAACCGUCGACGCAGCCGUCCUAAACACCAAGCCCGCCAUCGACCCAGAAGCCGAGCGUAAAGCCGCAGGAGGUCUUCGCCCAGCUCGUGGUGCGCAACGUUUGCCCAGUAAGCGCGACAUCGAACAGCACAUGGAAGGCGAGGACGAGGACUACAGCGACGAAAUGGAUGUGGAUGAAGGAAUCGGCGAAGGUAUAACAGCCGGAGGUGGUAGCGGACGCGGAGGAUACGGGCUCGGCGCUUCUGCGAGGGGGACAAAGAGAAACAGAGGAAGGGGCUCGAAAUGACGAGUCUAGCCAUCAGCUACGAUGUUUGCAUGAAGAGAUGACCCAACAAAAUGGACAGCAUAGCGAUUGCCCGGUCUAAGGCGGUCGUCCAUCAGAGAUGGAACUGCGAAGGGGAGCCAAAAUAGCGCUACAUAUCCUAGACAACAUGAGGUUGUCCUGUCAAAGGGAAGCUGUUACAACCACGAAGCCACGACCUUGAGAUGUCGUCCUACAGGAAGCAGCCAUGGCAACGAAAUCAUGAGCCUGAAAUAACCCAGUCCGAGCAACGUAGGCGUGGUCACAAAAAUGAAUCCAUGAAUGCUCACGACUGAAAAAUACUAGCAGUUUCUAGUAGAAAUCCAAGAUCAGCCCGGUACUGCCAGAGUUUAUCCCUUGAAUAUACACACGGAUUCAUUGAGUUCAUGUCAUGUUGUUAUUUCA